UAAAAUGGUAUAAAUUACAAAGAAAAGUGCUUAAUGAAUCACUAAAGAUCGUAUUUAGCAUAACAUUCAUUCAGAAAUAGUGAUUUUUUUGUGGACGCGUUAGUUGACACUCCUCGCAAGCGGGAGAAUGGCUUUGUUGAGAAGUCUGAGACCUACCCAGGUUCUGUCUGCUAUACUUAUCGUGAGGAUUCUGUCUGUGUUCGUUGUUCAGACAUGGUAUGUGCCAGACGAAUACUGGCAAACAUUAGAAGUUGCUCAUAAACAAGCAUUUGGCUAUGGAACCCUUACCUGGGAAUGGCAAAAAGGCAUAAGAAGCUUCCUGUACCCAAGCAUUGUGACUGCUUUAUAUUAUCUGCUGAAGGUUACUAAUUUGGAUUAUCCUGAAGCAUUGGUAUUAUUGCCACGAAUUUUACAAGCCAUCAUAAGCUCUGCAGCUGAUUACAGUUUUUACAAAUGGUCUGGUAAUCGAAAAUGGGCUUUAUUCUUAAUCCUGACAUCAUGGUUUUGGUUUUACACAUGCAGCAGGACUCUCUUACAAACCCUGGAAACUGCCUUAGUAGCAAUUGCCCUAUCCUUGUUCCCGUUCAAAGAAGGAAAACUUUCACACUAUCAAAAAGAGGACAAUAGAUGGAUUUGGCUGGCCUGUACAUCUGUGUUUGUGAGACCCACAUCAGCUCCUCUGUGGAUUGUUCUGGGUCUUUAUAACUUGGUGACUACAAAUCAGGGUCGUCCACAGCUAUUGCUGCAGACUUAUCUGCCAAUAGGGGUCUUAGCAGGUGGGGCACUUGUGGCGCUGGACUCAUUUUUUUAUGGAAAACUUAUAAUUACUCCUUGGGAAUUUUUCAAGUUAAAUGUAUUGAAAGAUAUUGCAUCCUUCUAUGGCAAGCAUCCAUGGCAUUGGUAUAUUACUCAAGGUCUGCCUGCUGUAUUGGGAAUAAAUAUAUUGCCUGUAAUUUGGGGUAUUGCUAAGAUUUUAAGGAGACCAAAGGAGAAUAAAAUAGGCACUCUGUUACUAUCCGCAGCUGCAUUACAUGUUGCUCUUCACAGCUACAUACCUCACAAAGAGUUCAGAUUUGUUUUGCCAUUGCUGCCAAUUUUGCUGUAUAUUGCUCAGGAUGUUAUUGUCCCAUGGAGCAGAAAGGCAGAAAAAUGGCAACUUUACACCUUGGCAUUAGCAUUACUUGUUGGAAAUGCUAUUCCCGCCGCAUAUUUUGGAUUGAUACACCAAAAAGCAACUCUAGAGGUGAUGCCUCUGUUACGUGAGAAUAUUUCGAACAACAGAACUUCGAUUUUGUUUGCUAUGCCUUGCCAUUCGACGCCAUUAUACAGCCACCUCCACGCGAAUGUGUCAACUCGCUACCUAUCUUGCGACCCGCCGCCGCCAGGCGAGACGUACGAAUCCGAGGUGUUCUUCAACAACCCCAACCGGUGGUGGGCGCGCGAGUUCGCUGUCCGUCAGCCCCCGACCCUCGUGGUACUGUUUGACGUGUUGCGCGGCCGCCUGGACGGGCUGCGAGACUACCGCCUUCUGCACGAGCUGCCGCACACACAGUUUCCAGAAGGCGAGGUGAGUGAGAAGGUUCUUGUUUACCAAAGGAAGGAAGCCAGACCAAAAGUACAAACUGACGAAGUUGUAUAACAUACUGCAACCAGAAAUCAAGACGGACUCUAUGGGGGAACCGACAGUGUUCGUAUCUUAAAUAAGUAAUCUAUCAGAUUUUAUACUUUUUAUUGACAUUUUUAUAAAAGAUAAUUUGGUAUCAAAGGUUCUAAUGACAUGGGUAACGGCCUUUCCCAAUAUUUAAUCUAUCUCUGGUUUGACAUACAACCGAUCG